UGGCCACGAGAUAGGGGCAAAUAUAAGUAAGAUAUACUGCUACUUCAACUAAAUUUUCAUCUGGAAAAGCAGAUGAAUUUAAAUCUUUAGAAAGUUGAAAUAACACCUAUAUUUUGUCUUACUAAUUGAAUAAUAUGAAUGAUAAUAAAUCUAAGACAUUUUUUGUUAAUUUAAAAGAAACUGUAAGUAUUAUAGAUAAAAGAGUUAAUGAUGUUACAACUACUCAUUCUGACAUACCAACAGAAUGCAAUUUCAGUGAAGUUUAUCAAGAUCUGGAUACUAAAUUGAAUAAUAUCAAAGAUUUGAAGAAAGAUGCUUUAAAUAUGAAAGAAGAAUUAGAAGCCAAGCAAGACUAUUUUGGAAGAUUUUAUCAAGAUUUCCAAGAUCUUGUUCUAGAAAUUGAAGAAAAGGUUAGCUGGCAUGAAAAAUAUCUUCAAAAAUUUGGUUAUGAGCCUCUUAACCUCGAACCUACAGUUCGAAAAGAAAUUGAAUCCCCAUCUGUAGGAGAUAGUAACCAUUUUAAAAAAGACAGUACUCCUUCAAUUAUUGACUUUGUUGAACAAAUGAAAGAUUUCACAAAAACCUCAGAGUGUAUAGAAAUAAAAAGCAGUGAACUGGAAGCAAGUGGGGGUACUCCCCAUUUGUGUUUUGAUCAAGACUUUGAACGUUGUAACAAAUCACCUGAGUUACCUGUUAUGGAAGACUAUUCACUCAAUACCGGUAAUGCAAGUUCAGAUGCAUCUAAUAUUUCCGUGUCUGUUCCAGACGCUGAAAGGGAAAUCGCGCAUCAUAUACUGAUCUGGAAUACUGAUUAUUUCUUUCGCGCAAGUGUUUGUAAUUUCUAAGUACUGCUUAAAUUAAAGCUGUCCCUUCAAGAAUCAUUGUGUUGUGAUUUCUGCAGAGCACCCAUGAAAAAAGGCACUUUAUCUACAAUAGGUAGAAUUGAACUGUCAAAAAUGCUUAAAAAUUCCGAUAGAGUAUGAUUCAUGUGUUUCUCUAUAGAUUAUCUGUAGUAGGCACAACUGAACUGCAAAAUAUAUGAUUAACUUGUGUAUGAAUUACCUGAAUGUAAUAAUAGAUGGGAAAAUGUAUAUUUAGUAGUGAACAGUUGAAAUUAUUGCAGAACUAGGACGCACCCUUAUACAAAAUUUAUGCUCAGCUUUUCAGAAAUCGCUCUUCCCAUAAUGUAAGGCCAAUGGAAGACGUUCGGUCAUUGUUUAGAGAGGAUUGUUUUACUGAAAAAAUUUUUUUGUUUUUUAAAGUGAUAAAAUUUUUAGAUGAUAAUCAGUAAUGCAGAAAAAAAACAUUUUGCAGUACUUAUUGAUAUAAAUUGAGAAGAAGAGAUUCACAGGAGAAACUUCAUGAAAUGACCAAAUAUAAUUUUUUAAUGAUAACUAUUUAAGGAAUUGUUCAAAUUUUAGAUAAGUAAAAUUUAUUGUAACAUAAGGAAAUGUUACAUGUUUAUCUGUAUCUGACCAAACUAUUGAGACUAUAUUUCCUAGAUUACGACUGCACCCUAUAUUUUGUGGGUCAAAAAUCUGAAUCCAUCGAAAAAAAUGGUACGUUUAUUCAGAAGAGGUAUGUUCUUGUGAAAGAUUAUGUAGCUGAAAAUAACGUCUGCACUUAUUAA